AUGUACCUCUUCCCAGUUCUGGAAAACGAUACAAAUCAUCCACGAAACGUGUCCUUGAUUCCGAACUGCUGGAAUCCUGGAGGGAACUGUGUGCUUUUCAGAGUGGGCCGGCUCAUUUAUGUUUUGCACCUGCUUUUUAACCCGCGGCGCCCUGUUGUUCUGACGGGUGAAUCGUCCCCGGGGCGCCUGGGCGGCUGCAGCGCGGGCCGGACGCGCUCGUCCUUCGACUCCUGCGGGGCUACGGCCGCUCCGGGGCCCGGCGCCGCAAGGGGCAUCCCCGCAGCCCGGCUACGCGCACCCCCGGCCCACGGUGCCCCCAGCGCGGUGGGCGGGCGGCUCCCGGACCCGGCCCGGUGCCCGUCCCGGCCGCUGCCGGCAGGAGCUCCGGAGCAGAGCGGGUCUCGGCCGGGGCUGUCGGCGGCAGCCUCUGGUUCGGCACUCGCAGGGUUGCGCUCGGGCGAAGGGACUGCGGGAUGGGCCACGAGGCCGUGGGAAAGCAGCUCGGGGAUCUUUGCUGCCAGGAGCAACGUGCGAGCAGCUGAGCGUUGUGGUGGCUUGUCAGAUGUCUCUCCAGAAGAACUGCAUCUGGAGUACUGUGACAGCAAACAAUAUAAUUGGGAAAUGUAUAGAUGCUGUCAAAGAGUUAGCAGAACAAUGGGAAAAUUGGCUGAUUCAGUGGAAAGCUUUAAUUGUAGUAGCAAAAGCAGCCUUGCUCUCUGCUUUCAAGACCAUGGGCACUCAAGCAGCGCCUGCCUUUGGAAUGGGAGGACAGCAAACCUCAAGCUUUGGGCUGUCAAGCUUUCCUGUGAACAGCAGCAGCACCACCAGUGCCAGCAGCUUCUCCUUUAAAACCAGUUCCAGCCUCAUCAGUUCAGCAUCAUCUGGGAGCAGCCCUGCUGCUGGGAGCUCUUCUGCUGCUGGAAAUCCUCCUGCAUUUGGGGUGACGUCCUCUCCUAGUGCACCCCAAUCCCUUAGGUUUAGUAGCCCGGCCGCUCCAUCUGCAGCCUCCUUCUCCUUUAAA